AUGACCGCUGUUCUGAGAACUCAAUCGGAGACUGCCGGCCAUGGGUAUCUUCCGGCAUGUCCUUCGUUCCUUCCAGAAUCUGGGUUUGUGAGAGGCCUUGCGUCUUAA